ACCGUAUACUCGUAUCGAUCGCUAUGCGUCUGCGCUUUCAGCUCCUGUCAAAAAUAUUUCUAUAUGAAUGUGAACGUACAGGUUAAUACUUGUCUCUUCAAUACUGACUAGUACAGUUUUACGUUGGUGGACCUUUAAACGGCUGAGUUGAUAUCUCAACUAUUUGGUCAGGAUGUCCCCCUCUAAAAUUCUCUUCUGGUCGGCUGCAACGAUUGUCUCGUGGAAAGUAGUUUAUCCAUUUAUGAGAAUGCUAUUCAUGUUCACCAUUGCGAAGAAAUUCUAUUCCAAACGGAAACAACUGAAGAACGCAGGUGAAUGGGCCAUUGUUACGGGAGCGGCUGCCGGAAUCGGUCAAGCAUAUGCUCGUGAACUGGCAAAAGAUGGGUUGAACAUCAUGCUCAUUGAUAUCGAUGAGGCAGGAUUGAGUAGUAUGGCCACCGAACUCGCGGGUAAUUUCAGCGUGAAGACGAUAACAUUCAUUUGUGAUUUCACACGAGAUGAUAUUUAUGGGAUUUUGGAGAAAGAAGUCGACAAGCUACCCUCCAUCGCAUGUCUGGUGAACAACGUUGGGAUCUGUUACCCACGUCUGGCACGUUUUGACAAUGCGGACUUUAUCGAUUUUGAAUUUAUACGGAACUUGAUAAAUUGUAACAUGCAUUCAAUGACAAGCCUUACUCGCAUCGUGUUGCCCCGCCUAUUGAAGCAGAACAAACAUGGGUCGGCGAUCAUCAAUUUGAGUUCUUUUACCGGACUCAUGCCUUACCCAUAUCUGUCCCUUUACAGCGCAUCCAAGGCAUUUAUCCAGCAUUUUGUGAAAUCUCUGAUUCCAGAAGUCAAAGAUUCCAACAUCAUGAUACAAGCAGUUUGUCCUCUCUUUGUGACCACCAAACUUUCGCGAAAAUCGACUCCAAGUUUGUUUGUUCCAACGCCAGAUACAUACGUGCGUAGUGCACUGGACAUGCUGGGUGUAGAGGAGGUUACCAAUGGUUACCUUCCCCAUGCACUAGCAGGAUUUAUUUUGUUACUGUUUCCCACGUUAGCAGUCAGGAGAUCCGAAGGUGUGUACAAGGAAAUGAACCAUAUCAAAGAUUAAAAGACUCCCGAUUCAGUUAUUUGAUUUCUACUUGUGUUAUGCAUCUCUCUUAUUCUGCUUUGAGCAGCAUUUUUUUGUUAGCACUUAUCCUACCUCUGAGUACAAAUUUACUGCUAUGUUCCAACCAAUAUCACUAACACCAUUGGCGUAAAUGCAGUUCUACCGUCUUGUUAUUGACAAGUUGUGGAAUCAAAUGAAUUUUCC